ACCCCGAGCGUGGCCGCAGCGAAGAUGGCGACUGCCAUGUACUUGGAGCACUAUCUGGACAGCAUUGAGAACCUUCCCUGUGAACUUCAGAGGAACUUCCAGCUGAUGCGAGAGCUAGACCAGAGAACAGAAGAUAAGAAAGCAGAGAUCGACGUCCUGGCUGCGGAGUAUAUUUCCACAGUGAAGACGCUUUCGUCAGCCCAGCGUGUGGAGCACCUCCAGAAGAUCCAGAGUGCCUACAGCAAGUGCAAGGAGUACAGUGAUGACAAGGUGCAGCUGGCCAUGCAGACCUACGAGAUGGUGGAUAAACACAUCCGAAGGCUUGAUGCUGACCUGGCACGUUUUGAGGCUGAUCUGAAGGAUAGGAUGGAUGGAAGUGACUUUGAAAGCACUGGACCACGGAGCUUGAAAAAAGGUCGGAGUCAGAAAGAAAAAAGAAGCUCCCGAGGCCGAGGUAGGAGGACAUCAGAAGAGGAUACCCCAAAGAGAAAGAAGCAGAAAAGCGGGUCUGAGUUUACUGACAGUAUCCUAUCUGUGCACCCCUCUGAUGUGCUGGACAUGCCUGUGGAUCCGAAUGAGCCUACAUACUGCUUGUGCCACCAGGUGUCCUACGGGGAGAUGAUCGGCUGUGACAAUCCGGAUUGUCCCAUUGAGUGGUUUCACUUUGCCUGCGUGGAUCUCACCACAAAGCCCAAAGGAAAGUGGUUUUGUCCACGAUGUGUUCAGGAAAAGAGGAAGAAGAAGUAAAGAAGAGGCUGCUGUGCCAGACCGAAGAGCAAGCUAAUAUAUCUCCUCACUCAUGUUGCAAUAUUAUCUUUCAUUUUAAAACUA